AUGUCAACAUUUUCAAAGUCAAAUUUCAAAACUUUGAAUUACAAUUCGUUUAGACCGCAUUAUCCAUCAUCAUUUUACAAAAUUUUAGGUAAGUACAUUCAAAAGGGAGAAAAUCAACAAAUUUUACCAAUAAAAAAAGCUAUAGAUUUAGGAUGUGGAACAGGAGUUGCAACAUAUCCACUUUUAAAUUUUGUUAAAAAUGUUAUAGGAUUAGAUUUAUCACCACUGAUGAUAGAAACUGCAAAUUCUUUAAAAAUUGAAAGAUUAAAAGAUUUAAAUAUAUCUGAUACAAAUAGAAUAAAUUUUAAAGUUGGAUCAGUUGAAGAAUUUGUUAAUAAUCAACAAAGUGGGAUUGAACCAAAUUCAGUAGAUUUAAUUACUGCUGCUCAAUGUAUUCAUUGGUUUGAAGAUUAUGAUUCUUUUUUUGAAAAUAGUUCUAAAUUAUUGAAAAAAGGAGGUACUUUAGCUUAUUUUUAUUAUAUUGAUCCAAUGAUUAUUGAUUUUCAAGGUCCUUCAAACUCCAACAACAAGGAUGAAAUGUUGGAUAAAGUUUAUAAAUUAUAUUUGAAGUAUGCAUAUGAUGAUCCUAAUUUAAUUGGGCCACAUUGGGAACAACCUGGUAGAAAUAUUUUGAAACAUUAUUGUGAAGAAGUUAAUUCACAUAUUCCAAAAGAUAUUUACGAUGAUAUAGAAAUCAAGACUUUUACAACCACCGUGUCUAGUAAAUUACCAAGUGAUGAUACUGAUUUAGAUAUGAAAAAAUUAAAUAUUUCCAUUAAAGAAUAUCUUGGAUAUUUUGAAACUUAUAGUGGGUUCCAUAAUUAUAAGGAAAAAACCGGUAAUGUUGAUUUGUUACAAAAGGAAUUUUUGAAUGAUUUAUUGGAAUUAACUGGUUGGGAUUUAGAAAAGACUAAAAUCGAUUUGGUUUAUAACACUGGCUAUACAUUCAUGAGAAAAAAAUGA